ACUCGUCAAAAUUAUUUCCUGGGAUCUGUCAAUUUCUCAAUUUCUCAAUUUCUCAAAUCAAAGACUUCAACAUAAAGUCCACCCAAAAGUCCAACAGUCCUAUUUAUCCAAUAUCCCCUUUGAAGUAUCAUUUGGUCGCAUUCAAUUACGAUCUUCUAAAGCACUUCUUCAUUUUAUCUCACAUCAAAUUUGUACUUGCAAACAGACAAAAUGGCUCUCAGUCCUCAAGUGUAUGAUAAAAUUACUAGAACUACCCUCACCUUUUUGGUCUUGUUACUGACGAAUUGCGAAUAGAACCAACUUGGUCAUCAUCCUCGGGAUGAUGCAAGUCUCCAAGCGUGUUCCUCUUGAGGACCCUAACGUUCUGAUGAUUGUUCGUGGCAUUUAUAUUCUAUCAAACGUCAUCAUCGCUGGCAUUUACGCGUAUACCCAAUACUUGAUCAAUAAGAAGAAGGGUAAGUAGCCUAGUUUAGUAUGCAUACUACCAUAGAUGCUGACUGUUGGCAUAGAUAUGACUACUCUUAAGUACGUCGAGCAACCUCAAAUGGGUUCCGCCGAAGAGCCAAAGCUCGUCACCACCACCGUUCACAAAUACGAUAGCGAUCAAAUGAAAGCACUAUACAAGGCACAAUUGAUGGGUGUUGGAAUGAUGGCCGUUAUGCACUUGUACUUCAAAUACACCAACCCUCUCAUGAUCCAAUCUAUCAUUCCACUCAAGGGCGCAUUAGAAGGAAAUGAGGUCAAGAUUCAUCUUUUCGGACAAGCAGCUUCUGGAGAUUUGAAGAGACCAUUCAAGGCACCAGCUGGUUUGAUGAGCAGCCUUCAAGGAGGAGCUUCCCCAACACAAGAUAAGAAGACUAUUGAGGCAGCUGAGAAGGCAGGUCGUGGGGGUGUUAAGGACGAAUAGAUGCUCAAGCGUCAGACAUACACGAUAUAAUGUUUUCAAGGAAUGGGGAAUCAGGGGAUUGGGGUUUGGACCUUAAAAUCCAGGGAUAUGGCGGUAAAAUUGGGGGAUGGAUGGGGCAAGAGAUUUUAUGUCUCCCUUGUAUCAUAGAGACGAGUAGAUGGAGACGGCCCUUUAAUUCCAUCACUACUUUCUACAUUCCCUUCUAUCAAUACACUGUUUACGCUACCAUUAUAGUUCUUCCAACA